CAACUAUUGACAAGCCUGGUCUGGCUAUCGAGUUUGAUCAUUAUUACUAUUAGUAGCAUGUACUACGAUGUAUCUAUAGUCCCAAGUCUGAGUCUGUGUCUGUAUCUGCCCUCUGCAAUUAGUCUGUCGUCUGUAGUGUGGAUUGCUGCCAAAGGUGACCAGAGAAGGCCCGGUGUCACGCCUUUUUCACUGAUUGACACGCUUCCACUGCUUGUUGCUUCCACAUCCUUCUUCCACCUCCCCCCCCUCCCCUUACCUAUUUACGUCCAACUUUAUCUUGGAUGUUCUCUGAAACACUGCCCAGUCAUCAUCAUCAACAUCCUCAUCAUCACCACUUCGACUGUCUACGACGACGACUACGACGACGAAAUCCACGACAGAGACGACCUCUACUCACUGCCAGUCCUGCCCACGGCCUUGUCCUUCCUUCUAGCUCGCUUCCCAUCUAUCGAGGCGCGACCUGCACUCGGCACCGUCAGACCAAUUGCGCGCGCAGCAACAUCACGCCUCCACUCAGCCAACGCAACACCAGAAGCAUGCACAGCAGCUGUUGUCGUCGUACACCUAGAUAGCCCUCGCUGAACCUCUACUCUUUCGCUUUCCAUCUUCGUCCUCGCUUUUUCCACCACAAUUCAUCAAUCCGUUCAUCACCUCGCCACCAUUCUGCA